UUUUCUUGUACAGAGAGAGAAAAAGGGGAAGGAGUAUGAUAUCAAUAAUUCAUCGAAUCAAAUUAAAUUUCAGCAUUUCUUCAAAAACCAAUUAAGUUUCUUCUUCAUCUUCUUCGUUCUUCUUCUGUUGAAUCGCGUAACAUCAACAAUGAAGGAAAAACUUUCAUUCUCUCUCCCAUCUUCAAAAUCAUCCUCCAAAUCGAACAAACCCUCAAAAACCUUCAACGAAGAUUCUUCCACAAAUCAACAACAAAAGCAAUUAAUCACUGAAUUCGAUCCUUCUAAACCCCAAACCCUAAUUCCUAAAACCCUAAUUCCCCCAAUCGAAAAUCAAUGGCGUCCCCACAAGAAAAUGAAGAAUCUCGAUCUUCCAAUCACCGAUUCACACUCUGACCAUUCCCUCACGUUUGUACCUGAUACCACAGUUUCCGAUCAACCCGAUAAUUCAUCGUAUGGUCUCAAUCUCCGUGACAAUGAUAAAAAACCACAAUCUGAUGAUGUUGUUGUUGAUGCGCCGAGGCCGAAGGCUUCGGUUGAGGUUUCUAUGUUGCAGAAAUUUAAGGAUGAUAUGGAGAGGUUGCCUGAUGAUAUGGGGUUUGAUGAGUAUAAGGAUGUACCUGUGGAGGGGUUCGGUGCGGCGUUGCUUGGUGGGUAUGGAUGGAAAGAAGGAAUGGGGAUUGGGAAGAAUGCUAAGGAGGAUGUGAAGGUUGUUGAGGUGAAGAGGAGGACUGGUAAGGAGGGUUUGGGUUUUGUGGCUGAUUUGCCACCUCCGAGUUCGAAGAAAGGCGAGAGGAAUGGGAGGGGGGAGACUGAGAGGAAGAAGAAGGAGGAGAGAGUUGUUAGGAUUGUGAGAGGGAGGGAUGUUGGGUUGAAAGCUAGUGUUGUGGGGAGAGAUGGGGAGGAUGUUGUUGUUUUGAGGGUUUUGGGCAGUGGUGAGGAGGUUAAGGUUAAAGUGGAGGAUGUUGCGGAGUUGGGUUCGGUUGAGGAGGAGAGGUGUCUAAGGAAGUUGAAGGAUUUGAAGAUUCGUGGUCGUGAUGAGGAGAAAGGGUCGAAGAGUAAGCGGGGCAGGGAUGGGGUUGACGAGAGGAGAGUGAAUGGUAAUGGUGGUGUUGGUGGUAAGGAAGAGAAGGGGAGGAAACAGGUUUCGUGGCUUACGAGUCAUAUUCGCGUAAGGGUGAUUAGCCGAAGUUUGAAAGGGGGGAGACUUUAUUUGAAGAAAGGAGAGGUUUUGGAUGUAAUUGGGCCUACUACGUGUGAUAUAUCUAUGGAUGAGAGUAGGGAGAUUAUUCAAGGGGUGUCUCAAGAUAUGCUUGAGACGGCUAUUCCACGACGAGGGGGACCUGUUCUUGUAUUGUCUGGUAGACAUAAGGGUGCCUUUGGAAGUCUUAUUGAGAGGGAUUCGGAUAAGGGGAUUGGUACUGUUAAAGAUGCUGAUACCCAUGAGAGGCUCAAUGUUGAAUUUGAACACAUGGCUGAGUAUAUAGGGGACCCAAGCUUACUGGGACAUUGAUUCUAUUGUAUGCAUUGCCGUGUAGAACAUUGAAGAAACAAAUUUACAAAUAUAUAUCAGUUCGUUGCAAAGUGAUUGGUGAAUGGUGGAUGAUACAUAUGACAAGCUCAAUGCCGUCCAAAGUGGAUAUUUUGGAUUUGAGAGCUUGGACACUGAUUUACAGGCAGUGGUGGAGGGCUUCCUGGUUGAAACUUCUUUGAAAGACCAGAAAGUUCUGAUUGCAAUUCACCAAAUCCAUGGAAACGAGAGAUUGAAAAUCAGACAGUUGAUUUGAAUAUAGAUAUCCAAUUCCGCCACCGGUUUUUAGUUAUCAUAAUCAAACAAACUUACCGAAUUUGGAAAACAACGAAAUCAGCCUGUUAUUUUGUGCUAACAAAUAGCUAGUUUCUUAAAAUUGGUUUUAGAUAUAGUUUUUGGUUGGGGCUGGGAAGUGGUUCACCCCUACUAGUAAUUCAUUGAAUACAUUGUCUGAUUCACGUGGAUGAAAAAGAACUAGUUGAAAAGACCCUUGAAUUCAGUUAAAAUGAAAAAGACAUUUGAAAACUUAUGUUGUGAUUGUGGUGUCACUAUGUAGACUAGAGACUGAUUCAUUGAAAAUUUUAGUUCAGUUGGCUUUUCAUUUAAGUAGCUUUCUUCAUGUUAUCUCUCUUAUUUUUGUAGAUUUGUCCUGCAAAGACACUGACCCAUGUAUACUUGGUCAGUUCAGGCUUUACUUAUUGUUUGGUUAAGCAAUACCUUCUUUCUUGUCAUUUAAUGUAUUAAUAGAAAAUAGUGAAUCAUACCAUUUCCGAAGGAAAAUGAAGAAGUUUGAGAUGGACUUAAGGUAUGCUAUUCAGUCACUUCACACUUAAAACUCUAAUUUUUCCUUCUGAAUGUUGUGGCCUUUCUUCUGGGGAAGUUCAAUCUUUGGGGCAGUUUGAUUUUUGGAGUGUUGUUUUUUUCUUCUUUGCCUUGGUAGUAUGUUUUAAGUUAUUUCUUGUUAAGUACUUGAUAAAUUUGUAUUAACAAUUAGAAGUUCAGGUACUGCAACCAAAAUAUGUGCCUUCCAGACACACUAUUCCUUCUCUGCAGAUUUUUAUGUAUUUGUCUGAUCUCUGAUGAUAUUCCCACAUAAAUCUUUCUAUCAAGAUUCAAAACAAAAAAAGUUUAUAUGAAUAGUAGUAGACAAGUGUUGUAAUCCGUUGACUUAUCGCUUACUGAUGCUGGGCUUGCUUGUUUGAUUCUGUGGCACUGGCUUUGAACCUUCUAUCUUUUUUUCAGUAUUAUUCUUGUUACUGUUGUCGUGCUGUUCCAAUGUAUGCAUGAUUUAUUUUCUGCAAUAUCUGACAGAACAGUUAGAGAAACAAUCAUAUGUAUGAAUUACAAUUACGUUGGGAUUUACAUGUAGCAGUUGUAUGCUUUCUCAACUGAAGUGACCCCGUUUUCAUG